AUGAAAUAUUUGUAUGCUUUUAACCUCAACAAAACAACAACAUCUUCAUCAUCAUCAUCAUCAUCAUCAUCAUCAUCAUCAUCAUCAUCAUCAUCAUCAUCAUCAUCAUCAUCAUCAUAG